AUGUUCAACGAAUCGUUCGAAGAGUUUCCCAGAUGGUAUGAAAUAUCAAUGCAAGUUUCAGCUUCAAUUACCAUUCCUAUAAAUAGUAUUGGUCUAAUAAUGAUAGCAUUUUUCUCCAAGGAGCAACUUAAAAAUUAUCGAUAUUAUUUACUGUUUCAUCAAAUCUGCUCAAUGUUGUUAGACAUAAUUAUAAAUACUGGAACUGUUCCAGUUGUUUAUUCGCCUUAUCCAAUUGGUUCACCACAUGGUUGGAUGACUGAAGUAUUUAAAAUUGUGUUGAAAAUGGAGAAUAACACAUGGCUACAAACAGUGAGGGUUUUAUUUUUUUGAUUUUUAUAAAACUCCUCAAUUUAGGAAAUUGUAUUUCACGGAUUCUUGACUACAGCUAUGAGUGUAGAAAUUUUAUUCCUAUAUCGAUAUCAAGUGAUUAUACCUAUAACUCAUCCUUGGAGACUCUCAGGAAUUUCAAAAUUUCUAACAGUCUUGAUAUAUCAUAUUAUUUGGAUGUUUUUGGUAUCAUUAUCUUUUCACAAUAUAAUGCCAAAUGAUCAAUCAGCUGCCAAAGAUCAAUUCCGAGAAGAUCAUCCAGAUCUCGCAUUUUUCGUGGAAGACAAAAAUUCACUGAUUGUGACUACCGAGGUGAAUCUCGAUGCUAUUCUAGUUCUCAUCGUUUUCUUAACCCGAAUCGGAAGUGGUCUCAUAAUUUGUUGCAUUUUUAUUCUAUUAUCCCGAUACUCAUUGAAUCACACGAUUAUGUCUGCGAGGACUCGAAAUAUGCAUCUCCAUUUGAUUCGUAUUCUAUGCUAUCAAAUUUCAAUACCAAUCGCCGCAUUUUAUAUUCCAGUUUUCUGCAUUUUAACUCCAAUGCUUUUUCAGAUUCAAAACACUUUCAAUCUUGCAUUGAUUUCUUUCAAUGUUAUUUCGUAUCACACUUUUUUGGGAACCUUUAGCUUGUUGUAUUUUAAUCGACCAUGGACGAUUUCAAAAGUAUUUCAUUUCAAAAGAUCUGAACCUUUAUCACAUACUGCAUUAACUGACUAGGAACAGUAUUUUUAAUUUCUUGAAAAUUUAAUUGAUGAAUUUUUAUUUUUUUAUUAGGCCGGCAAAAACAACGCAAUAAUACAACAUUUUUAGCAAGGCAAAGACAAAUAGAAUUGUAAAAUUCAACAUCGGACUGCAAAAUAUGAGCGAAAACCCUAUAAUCAUAGUUUUUUGGUGUUUGGAGAAAAGUUUUCUAGGUUUUUCUUUUCGCAAUCUCUAUUCUCGUUAAUUUGCUAUAUUUUGCUGCAAAGAUUAUGAAAUUUGGUUAAGAAUGAACGAUUUUAGCAUUUUUUGUGAAAAAACGAAAAAUGGUUUUGAGGUUGGCAAAAAAUUCGCAAACCAUCGUGUUGUCUGGCGUCUCUCUUGCGCGUUUCUAUCUCUCAUUUUCUCUCCCUCUCCUCAUCUCUUGUACACACAACACUCUCUCGUUUAUUUUUUCAAUUUUGUUUUUUUUUUCAUUUUUUGAGCCGGCCAUCGGAAAUGGCUGAAAUUUGUUGAAAUUUGGCUGAAAUUGAAGGGUUUUUUUGGUUUGGAGAUGUAAUUGGAGGGCUUUAAUUUGUAUUCUAGUUGAUUUUUUCUUGAAGUUCAAAAUAAUUGGAUUUUUUCAGGCUAUUUCGAAGCGGUUGGGUGUUGUUUUUUGGUCAAAAGAAGGAAAAUGUCAAGUUGUCAGGUUAGAUUUUUACGUAUUUUUUCCGAAAAUUCAAAAAAUCCGUGGGGUUUUCAUGAUUAUUUUUACAGGAACAUCUUGGAUUGCAGCGAUCAAGGAUUUGGAUCGAAAACUAGAUGGUAAGUUGUUUAUUUUCAUAUUUUUUUUGAGAAAAUAUUGAUUUUUUUCGGUUUUGGCAACAAAUUGAUGAUUGGAUGGAGUUUGAAGGUAUGGAAACGAAGAUUUUGCUUGAACUCUCGGAUUUUCGGCUUUUCUUCGACGAAAAACCGAAGAAUGUUUGUUUUUCUUCGAAAAAAAGGUUACAAGCCUGAGAUUUUCUACUUCGAAGCCCAUCACAAUCAUGAUUCUCAGCGUCCGCAUCGAAAAAUCUCGGAUUUUUGCACUUCUUCAAUGCGAAAGCUCAAAAUGUAUGUUUUUAUUGAAGAAAUGCUUAGAAUCCGAUAUUUUUCGAUUGGAACGUUGGAAAUUAUGAUCUUUAUGACUUUUGGAGCUGAAAAUCUCGGAUUUUCAGCUUUUCAAAAUGAAAUCCUGGUUUUUCAUUGAAAAAUUAUUGAAAUUUCGAGAUUUUUCGAAUCAAAAGCUGGAAAUUAUGAAUUUCUUUAGCUCCAAUACAUCAACAAUUGUGUUUUUUUCAGCGAUUUCGAUGGUCGAGCAAGGAUUUGAACGAUUUGGUGGACGAUGUAAAUGGAAGAAGUUCGAGUUUCUGCCAGGUUAG